AUGAGGUGUCUGGGGGUUCUUCUCGCGUUCCUCGCUCUCUCCCAAGGUGCUGAGAUCAUCAGGCUCCCUCUGCACAAGGGGAAGUCACUGAGAAAGAGCCUGAAGGAGCGUGGGCUCCUGGAGGACUUCCUGAGGACGCACCAGGUCACCUUCAGCAGGAAGUACUCCAACUAUGGGGAGGUGGCCAGCGAGCCCCUGACCAACUACCUGGAUAGUCAGUACUUCGGGAAGAUCCACAUUGGGACGCCGCCCCAGGAGUUCACCGUGGUGUUUGACACGGGCUCCUCGGACCUCUGGGUGCCCUCCAUCUACUGCGAGAGCGAUGCCUGCCGUGACCACCGCCGGUUCAACCCGUUCAAGUCCUCCACCUUCCAGAACAUGGGCAGGCCACUGUCCGUCCAGUACGGCAGGGGCAGCAUGCAGGGCUUCCUGGGCUACGACACCGUCUCCGUCUCCAACAUCGUGGACCCCAACCAGACCGUGGGCCUGAGCAUCCAGGAACCUGGUGACAUCUUCAGCUACUCCGAGUUCGAUGGGAUUCUGGGCCUGGCCUACCCGUCUCUUGCCUCCGAGUACUCGGUGCCCGUGUUCGACAACAUGAUGAGCCAGGGUCUGGUGGCCCAGGACCUGUUCUCGGUCUACAUGAGCAGAAACGGCCAGGGGAGCAUGCUCACGCUGGGGGCUGUCGACCCGUCCUACUACACCGGCACCCUGCACUGGGUGCCCGUGAUGGUGCAGGAGUACUGGCAGUUCACCGUGGACAGCGUCACCAUCGAUGGCGUGGUGGUGGCCUGCAACGGCGGCUGUCAGGCCAUCCUGGACACGGGCACCUCCCUGCUGGCCGGGCCCACCAGUGACAUCCUCAACAUCCAGCUGGCCAUUGGAGCCACCCAGGGCCAGUAUGGCCAGUUUGACAUCGACUGUAGGAGACUGAGCAUCAUGCCCACGGUGGUCUUUGAGAUCAAUGGCAGAAAGUACCCUUUGCCCCCCUCUGCCUACACCAGUCAGGACCAGGGCUUCUGCAGCAGCGGCUUCGAGGAGGAUGGUGUUUCCCAGCAGUGGAUCCUGGGGGACGUCUUCAUGCGAGAGUACUACAGCGUUUUCGACAGGGCCAACAACCGUGUGGGGCUGGCCAAGGCUGUCUGAAGGCGCCGCUGCCCAGGGGCCUCGAGGGCUUAAAUC